UCACCUACUUUUUCCCUCUAAAAUUUGCAAAAGCAAGUUAAUUCGUUUCUUUCUUUCACACCAUUCUUUCAUUUAUUGCUAGAAACUCGUACAUUCAUUCACAGUUUCAUACGGUCCUCUAUUAAUUCAUAAAUAUCAGCGUGGUUGUCCUCUUCUCCUUUGAGUUUUGCUGUUUCAGAGUGAGGAAUAGAGUGGGAGAGAGGGAGAGAGAGGAAGAAUCUAAAGAUGCCGUUGGUGAGGUUGCAGGUGCGAAAUGAAUACGGUUUUGGGCAGCCUGAGCUGUACAAAGAGACGAACAGAGAAGAUCCCAAGGCCGUGCUUGACGGGGUCGCUGUGGCUGGGCUAGUUGGGAUCUUGAGGCAGCUGGGUGAUCUUGCUGAUUUUGCAGCAGAGGUUUUCCAUGGCUUACAGGAGCAAGCAAUGAUUACAGCUAAUAGGAGCCACAAAUUGAUGGUUCGUGUUCAAAAAAUUGAAUCUUCUCUUCCUCCCUUGGAGAAGGCUGUAUUAGCACAGACUAGCCACAUACAUUUUGCAUACACAGCUGGUUGUGAAUGGCAUCCUCGCAUAAAAACAAAAAGAAAUCAUUUCAUUUACAGCGACUUGCCGCAGUUUAUUAUGGACUCAUAUGAAGAAUGCCGUGAUCCUCCUCGCCUGAACUUACUUGAUAGAUUUGAUGCUGGUGGCCCAGGAUCUUGCUUAAUGAGAUAUUCAGAUCCAACCUUCUUCAAGAGAGUCUCAGCUUAUUCAGAUGAAGCAUACUCCGAAAAAUUUGAAAGAGCUAGAAAAUCUCGUAAAAGCAAGAAGAAAAGGUCAUUUAGAAGGAAAGAAGGUUUGCGAGGUGAACAAAUGCAUAACAUUAGUGGGAGAAUGCACUUUGUUCCUUCCGCUGUCAAUAGACGAACUUCUUCCUUACAAGCAGCAUCCACGGUGGACAUGGCAAUGAAAUCAGAUUCAGAAGAUCAUUCAAAUUCUUUAGAUUCAAGAGCUGGUGCUGACUACAUUGAAUGUGUCUUCCAUCCGGGUAAUUCCAUGCAACGUGAUGAUCAGGAUUAUGAGCCAUUAUCUUCUUCUAGGGUAAAAGAAAAAGCAAAUACUGUUUAUUCAGUAUCUUCUCUUGUGGAUGAUAAUAUUUCAAUUGAUUCAUUGGAAAAGCAAAAUGCCUCUAGUUCGUCAGGUGUUACUUGGGAAGAAAAGGAAGAGAUUGUGGAACCUAUGAGUCAAACCUAUGAUAAAGAUAAAAUAACAGAGAUGCAUGCUCAAAAGCAAGAUCCAAAUAUGCGUGACUGUAAAGGUGUUACCUUGACAAAAGUUGAUUACAGUGAUAUCCUAUCUGAUGAAGAAAGCUACCUGAAACCUGUUGUUAGCAGCGUCCAAACAGAAGAAAUUGAUAGCGAACCUGAUAAGUACAUGGAUGCACGUAAUAGCAUUGAGUUAGAAUCUGAAAAUGAUCUUGAUUGUGAAACAAAGCGAGAAGUGGAUAAAAUCACCUCAAGGGUCACUGAUGGAAUAGCAGAAAAUGGAAUUGGCGGGGUUGAUUCUAAUGUACUAGACCACAAUUUAUCUUUCAUUGUUUCACAGACUCUAUCCAGUGCUUCAUUUGACGAUGGAACAAGCAAUGACUUCCCAGAUCCACUGCAAGUAAAUCCACCUCUCAUAUUGGAUCUGUGUGCAUCUAAAUCAGAAGCUCCUGUUAACAAAGAAAUGUCCAGGGAUUUACCUGAUUCUGAAGACUUUGAGAGCCCCAUCUUUGAACAGGCGUCCAGUGUAUCAAGUGUUUCAUUAAAAAAAGAAGUAGUUGGGGGCUUCCCAGAUUCACUACUAGUAGAUCCACCUCCUGUAUCAGAUCUCUAUGCAACUAAAUCAGAGUCUUCUGUUAAUGAAGAAAUGCCAAGGGUUUUAGCUGAUCCUCAGGUCUCUGAGAGCUCCAUCCAUGAAGAGAAGCCUAGCAUUUUUGAAAAUUCUGCUGUUGCCUGCUCAGUAAGCACUGAUUCUUUGGGUUGGGCACAUGCACUUAAAGAUAUUGUCUCACCAUCCAUUGAAAGUGAUAUAUCAUUCUCUGGUUCUAAAAGUUCUGGUUUACCACAUGAAGAAGCAGAUAGGAUUAAUGGCAACAACUGUGAAUCUAAAGAGACUCCUCCAGAGUCUUCCAAUGACCAUUCAGUUAGAUUUUGGACUAAUGGUGGAUUAUUAGGACUUGAGCCAUCAAAACCUCCUGACUUUACCAUGCCAGGUCCUUUAAGUAAAGUGUCUCCAACUACAAAAACUGAGACAGAUGGAGGUCAAUAUCAUAAUUCAAUGCUAAAGAUCAAUGGAUGUACGGUGGAACAAGAUUUAUUAGCAGAGGUUGCCAAAGAGAUUGAAAAGGAACCAACUUCUAGAUGCUUAACGUCAAGUCGUGAAGAUCAAGCUCCUAUUACUGAGAAGGCAUCUGGUAUUCAUAAGCUGAGUAAUGAACUCUGUCCAAUUGAUGGAAGUAGUUUGGAGGAAAUCAGGGUACUUGCACCAGUUUGUGUUCCCCCGGCUGCCCCUGAUUCCAAAGCAACUUCAAUUGAAACGAAUCUUGGAAAGAGUGAAAAUUCAUCUCGUGUUUUUGGACUUGGUCAAAUGUUACGAAGGAGUAGCUUUCGCCAGAAGGUUUCUUUUAAUGAGAAAUCUGUACCUGCUGGUUCUCUGAAAUCUGACAGAUUGGAGCAAAACGGACAAAAUAGCAUAAUAGAUCAGUCACUUCCUGAGACAACCUUCGAAGAGAGAGUUGAUUAUGGAUAUCCUAUUGAUUCACUCCCUCCUUCACCACCACUUGGACAUAUGAAAAUAUCUUUCCAUUCAGUUAGUGGGAAUGAGACGCCCAAACUGAAACUGAGAUUCCCUGAUGGUACUAAUCGUUAUGAAUGUAUAAGGGAUAUGUUUCCUUCAUUCCAGUUGGUUCCAGAGCCUUCCAUUCCACUGCAUGAUUCUGGAUUCAACUCAGAUGAUAAUGACACUUUCUGUAGGUCAUCUCCAUAUCUGUCUGAUGACUGUCCUAGCCCUCAUUUAGAGUAUAACUCUGAUGAGUGGGAAUCUGAUGAAAGUCCUGAAAGCAGUGACCACGGAGUUCAUGAUUUUUCCCACAACUCAUCAUCAACAGAAUCGCUAAGUUCACAAGAAUUUACAGGAUUAUCAAAUAAUGAUGUCAAUGUGGCUAGUGGAACACGCAUUCAAAAUGGUGCAGAGCCUUCUUUAUCUGGGCGUUUUCUUGAUUUUCCGAGUUUUGAUAGUGUGAGCCCAGUACUUCACAAAGAAAGUAGCCGGGUUUCCACUGUCGAUAAUAUUGUAAAAUCUCAAGGUCAAGCUGAAGCACCGCCGCCGCCGCCGCCGCCGCCUCCUCUGCCGCCUCUUCCUCAAGUGCAGCAGCAGAUCUCAAAACUGCAGUUGGAUAUGAAAAAUGGGACACGCAAGGACACAUCUGGUGAUGCUGGACAAACUAAAGGUCUAAACCUUUCAGAAUCAAUCAUCUCCCUGCAACCUAGGCCCUCCCAAAUGGAGCAAAAACUAACAGAUCAUGAUGAUCACAAGUCUGAUGGAAAUAUUUCACAAAAGCUUGCCAUUCAUAGGGUACUUCUAGGUCAGAAGAAGUUAAAUGGGAAGAAGGAAGCACAUCAAGAGGUAAUGGGAAAAGAAUUGGCUGACAAGGAUGAUUUCCUGCAUCAAAUCAGAACCAAAUCCUUCAACCUGAGACCUACAGUGACAGGAAAGCCAAAUGCUAAUACUAGUCCCCCUAAAAAUGUCAAGGUUACCGCAAUUUUGGAGAAAGCAAGUGCAAUACGUCAGGUUGUUGCUAGUGAUGACGGAGAAGAUGAUGAUAACUGGAGUGACACCUGAAUUUUUGGUAGUUGGUCUAUAGGUGUUUUGCAUCCUCUGCUCCUUCAACAUUCUCAAGUUAAGAAGUUAGCUGAGGUGUUGCUCUUUGUACUCAAGUGUGAAUAACUCUUGUUUAUUGGCAACAUUGGCAAUAAUCUUUAGCCCAGCGGUUAGUUUAUCCAAUUUUAUUCUCAGUUGGAUUUUUCCCCUCAUUUUAUUUGUCAGUUUUACACGGAAAUCAUGUGCCAGGUAAUCAAGUUGAGCCAAUGUAUUCCCAAACUUCAACUUGAGACUGUUGUUUAUACAAGACGUCAGAAAAAAUUUGAUGGUUCCGAGUUCUUGAUCUUUCUAACUUCAUUGCAAAGUGUAAUGUGUAAUAUUUCUUGAUCAAUGUUCUUUAUCUUGUAAAUGUAGGAAAUGUUAGAAGUGGUUUCUCUGAAUAUUUUACCUACAAAUUGCUUGAAUCACUUGGCUAGUGUCAGUUCAGAACUUAUUUUCUAUGUAAUAAUCAUGCCUCCUCUUCAAAAUGGCACAGUUGGAGCCUGCCCCACUUGGCCGAAGAGGUCCACUGUAAUGUUUAA